AUGUCAGGCGCAGAGGACAGUAGUUCUAUGUCGUCUGCUUCGGAAGCCAUGGCAGCCGUUACAGAAGACAAUAGUGUAAUUAGUGACACAUUGGAGGCCGAAUUAUAUCAGGACAUAUUAGGACGACUUGAUAAUGUAGAAAUUUCAGCGAACUUGGACAUACCUGACGAGGAGAAUGACGACGACAGUAGAAACGACGACACACAGGAAACCGAGUCACUCGGUGCCGAAUCGUCUGCUAGUGACAACAGCAAAGAUGCCAAAUCCCAAGACACGUCCGAAAAUGGGAGUCCAGAAGUCAAAUCAACACAACCGGAAGUGAAACGUUCUAAGUCAACAACAACGCCAAAUAAGAAACCAUCUGUAGAUUCUAAAGAUUCUAAAGAGAUUAAAUCUAAAGGAUCAGUAUUUUCGAAAUUAAGACGUUUGACUAAAGCGGAUAAAAAAAGUCGCAAAAAGCACGAAGAAUCGCCACUUAGUGAAAUUAAAAUCGAGAAAUUGCCACAGGUAUUUGUAGCAAAAUAUCUCGGCAAAAAAACGACCAAAGGAUUAUUUGGACUGCAGCAUGUGAGGAAACCCGUGGACAGAAUGAUUGGUACCUUACAGAAAGACUUGAGGGAAAAUGAAAAGGUUGAGCUUCCGCUGACGUACAUCGUUAUAUCCUCAAAAGGUAUAGAGAUUAGAGAGCACGCGGCAUCCAAGGUGAAGGAGGUUGGGAAUAUAGGACUCGUUCCCAUAGACUUUAUAUCGUAUGGUGUUCAGGAUAUAAAAUUCUGGAAAAUAUUCACCUUCAUUGUCGUCAGCGAACUUUCCUCUCGUACCAAAACCACCGAGUGUCACGCAGUUCUCUGCGAUUCCGAAGCGACGGCCAGAAAGAUGGCGUUAUCACUAGCAGCAUCGUUCAACGUCUACAAGAAAAAACUCAGUAAAGAAGGAAAACCCAAUAACUUUAAAGUGGAACUCCGACUUCCAGAGGAGCUGGCCGAGGCCUUCGAAGAGGAGUGCGAUGCUUAG